CUGUUCUCUCCUGCAAGGCCUUACCUGUUCCUCGCUCCAGCGCUGCACAGUCUUCCCGCGCUGGCUUCUGUGACAGCCGGGUGCCCACUGCGCAUGCGCUGCGCUUUGUCCCAGAAGGCGCCGGGCCAUUCAUAUCCUGUACUGUGUCCGCAGUCUCUGGUCAUCUCCUGUACUGUGUCCGCAGUCUCUGGUCAUCUCCUGUACUGUGUCCGCAGUCUCUGGUCAUCUCCUGUACUGUGUCCGCAGUCUCUGGUCAUCUCCUGUACUGUGUCCGCAGUCUCUGGUCAUCUCCUGUACUGUGUCCGCAGUCUCUGGUCAUUCCCUGUACUAUGUCUGCAGUCCAUUGGUUCAGAAUAUUUUUUUUCUUGUUUU